AUACUUGCGACAACCAUUACCUUACCUACCUAUGAAGACAAGAUAUGGAAACACACGAAAGCGACGAUUAUUGCAAUUUGCAGAGCAUAAGAAAAAAUUAAAUUCAUAAGGUUUUAGAGAGAGAGAAUUCCAGAGAGAGAAAUGAGGGAGAUCUCGAGAAUUUCUGGACGAUUGCGCCUCGCGGCCUUCAUUUCUUCAAUUUCUCUGCUUUUAAUUUCAGCAUAUUCUGACGAUUUAUCAACUCCGAAAAAUGGAACGAAAGAGGAAAAUCACAGUGGAAGCAAGGGUUCGACAGUAGCACUUAUAUGUUUGCUACUUGUGGCAGUGACAAUAUUAUCAUUCUUCCUUUUCAAAAUUUGGCAAAAGAAAAAGCGUGAAGAGCAGUAUGCUCGUUUAUUGAAGUUGUUUGAGGAGGACGAUGAGCUGGAGCUCGAGCUUGGUCUACGGGAUUAAGCACGAUUUUGCUUUUUGUAUGUUAAUGUUUCAUUAAGGCUUUUUGUGAAGAUUUGAACGGCACUUUCUCGAUUUGGUGUAUUUGAUAUCGUACUCGUCGAAAAGUGGCUAGUAUAGAUACAAGUGUGUUGCGAAGAUAUAAUCCCCCCAUUGUAGGUACUGGUAUAUGUAUUAGACUGAUUUUUUUUUUUCCAGGGAUUUGAAUGUAUUCUUUUUGUAGACCGGUGAUGUUUACUUGUCCAAAUCAUUUGUCUAGAAAAUUUGGAAAUUAAAUUGCAAUUUGUGAGUGUAUUUUUUUUCUUUAC